AUGUCUACACAGCCCUGGCUGCAUCUUGAGAUCAGGCGAAUAUGCGCCAACGUCCUGCAACUUGAACUGAACGAUGUCGACCCCCAGCGCUCGUUCCUGGCACUGGGCGGCGACUCGUUGCUUGCCAUCAAGGUGCUGGCCCAGUGUCGUGCACAAGGCAUCACCAUCAACAUCGCCGAUAUCAUGGCUGCUGGCACCAUCGAGUCGCUGUAUUCGCUGGCACAGGGUCCUCCAGAAGAGGCCUCGUCCGACAGCAGCAUCGUGGACAGCUCAGUACCGGACCUGGGCACUCUCACACCGACCACAGAGAUCGGGUCGACCUUGGUAGACAAGAUCUCGCCGGAGAUUGAAGCCAAGCUGUCUGCUGUCUCUGCAUCGCGAGACCAUGUCGUCCAAGCUAUUGUUCCUUGUUCGGCUAUUCAGGACCGCAUGCUCGUCAGCCAGCUGCAGAAUCCCCAUCUAUACUCCUGCUGCUUUGUACUCAAAUUCACACAUUCACACCCUGGCCUCCCCGUGAGCGCCCAGCGUCUAGGAGAAGCCUGGACUCAGGUCGUCAAACGGCACUCCAGUCUUCGCACAGCUCUGGUCGAGAGCACACAGCGACCGGGCCACUAUAACCAGGUUAUCCUGGCCGAGAUCACUCCAUCCAUUGAAUACUACGAUGGCACCGAGCACCUCUCCUCCCCCGAGUUCAACGCCAACACCCCCGUUACCUUCGAGGCGCAUACGAUCCCCCACCGCGUCCAGCUCGUCCAAGCCUCCCCCUCCGACCUCUAUAUGAAACUCGAUGUAUCACACGUGCUGGUGGAUGGACAAUCGGCGGAGGUUCUCCUGCGAGAUCUAAGCGACGCCUAUCGUGAUGGCAAGCUCUCUCCAGCCUCAUUAUCAUACAGUGACUAUGUCACCUCAUACCUCCACGAGCCCUCACGACAGGCUGAACCAGCGAAGGAAGAUACCAGCCUGGAUAUCACUCCGCUGACAGUCCCAAUGGACCGUCCAAACGAGGGACUGACUGGCUUUGACACCGUCAGUGUAGAUGUGCCUCUGGACACCCACCUCGUCCAGUCUGUCUGCGCCCGAUACUCCGUGACUCUCGCUACAGUGUGCCAGCUGGCCUGGGGACUCGUGCUGCGAUGCUACGGAGGGACAGACAGUGUGUGCUUCUCGUACGUCAACUCCGGUCGCUCGAUGUCUAUCCCCGGCGUCCAUGAUGUGAUCGGGCCUAUCGUGCAGACUUCUCUAUGCUCGAUCCAGCUGCCUGCAGCGGAUGAAUUGUCCACGAUCCUGCAGCGACUUCACAAGGACGCCCUACAGGCGCUGUCCCAGAUCUCGCCUCUGGAGUCUGCAACCAGCACAUCCAAGUCGGCGCGUCAGCUAAGUAACACGACCAUGUCGUUCCAACAUGCCAUAGACGAUCGUCCUGUACGGGGAGCGAACCUGUCGGUUGCAAUCGAAGGGAAGGCCAACCCGACCGAUUACGAUAUCUCUCUAGGAAUCACGUCCGGUCCCGAUGGUCUGUGUAUUGACCUCGACUACUGGGGCUCACGACUUGACAAGGACAGUGCUACGGCGAUGUUGGGUGCAUUCGAGGCUGCAAUCAGGGGAGUCCUCGGUUCUCCAGAUGCUUCAAUAUCGAAUAUCAGUCUCCUCUCCGCAAGUGACGAGGCCCAAAUCAGCCAGUGGAACUCGAGUAUUCCCAAGCCCAGCCGGGUCUGUGUUCAUGACAAGAUCAUUGAAAUUUCCAAGCUCCAGCCGAGCGCUGCUGCUGUUAACUCCUGGGAUGGAGAUCUGACUUAUGCUGAACUCACAUCGCAAGCAUCGACGCUGGCACACCAUCUGCGUAAUGAUCUUGGCGUCGGUCCUGAGAGGUUCGUCGGUAUCUGUAUGGACAAGUCUAAAUGGACUAUUGUGUCCAUGCUGGCGGUUCUCAUGGCCGGUGGCAUCGUCGUCCCGCUGGGCGUUUCCCAUCCCAGGGCUCGAGUCAAGAGACUCCUCACAGACACCGCAGCAGUGGCACUUCUUGUCGAUGCGAAACACGCUGGGAGACUCGCUGGCCUGGAGCUAGAAAGCACCUCCACCUUGACAGUGGACCAGCAGCUGCUGGAGUCUCUCCCCAGCUUGUCUGAGCCACCAGUAUCUGGCACCACACCAGACAACGCUGCCUGGGUUAUCUACACAUCAGGAAGCACAGGCGUGCCCAAAGGGGUCGUGCUGCUACACCAGAAUAUCUCAACGAGUGUUUUCGCUCACGGAGGCAUGUUCGGCGUCAACUGCACAACCCGCACCGCACAGUUCGCCGCCUACACCUUCGACGUCAGUCUCUCUGAUAUCGUCAUGACGCUCUUCCACGGCGGCUGCAUCUGCGUGUUCUCCGAGGAAAGCCGCAUGAACAGCCUCACUGAAGCUCUCCAGACCCUCGCCGUCAACUACGUCAAUCUGACUCCCACUGUCCUCGGCCUCCUAGACCCAGCUGAGCUGCCGGAGAUCCGCACCGUUGUAGCCGGCGGAGAAGCAAUGGACCCUGGCAUCGUGAAGAAGUGGUCUCCGCAUGCGAAGGUCUACAACUCCGUCGGACCGUCAGAGUGCACUAUCAUCGCCGUGGCAGCUGGACCUGUCACAGACCCUGCCCAGGCUGCGAAUGUUGGAUAUCCCACUGGCACGCGAUUAUGGGUGACUCUCCCUACGGAUCCAAACCAGCUUUGCCCAGUCGGCGUACCGGGUGAACUCCUGAUUGAAGGCCCAAUGCUCUCGCGUGGCUAUCUCAAUGACCCAGAGAAGACGGCUGCAGCAUUCAUCACCGACCCGGCCUUUAUCAAGGGCCUGGAGACCCGCAAUCCCGCAUGGAAGGUCCAGUUCCAGGGCAGCCAGCGAAGAAUGUACCGCUCAGGCGAUCUCGUCCGGCAAAACAAAGAUGGCUCGCUGGUUCAUAUGGGUCGACGGGAUACGCAGGUCAAAAUCCGAGGACAGCGAGUGGAAAUUGGCGAGAUCGAGUACUGGAUUACGCAGUGUCUCAAGGACGUGCGCCGGGUGGCAGUGCUGGUCAUCGAGCGCGGACAGGCAAAGGAGCAGAAGUCCCUGGUUGCAGCGAUCGAAUUCAAAGAGGAGAACGAGUUCUUCAAGCACGGCGACGAUGUCUAUCCAGCUGAUAAUGCUGAGGAUCCUCCUGCUCCGCCGCAGCUACUGCCACUGACUGAGUCGCUGUCGGGGGCUCUCCAUGAGCUGCGGUCGUCGCUGCUGGAGCAUCUCCCACCAUACAUGUCGCCAACGAUGUACGCACCAGUCUCACAACUCCCUCUGAAUCUAUCUGGUAAGAUCGACCGACGCGCCGUAACCCGCUUCAUCAACGACCAAGACGACGCACAGCUGCAGCAGUAUCUCGCGGUCAGCGGUCCGCACAAGGAACCCUCCACAGAGACCGAAUACAAGCUGCAGCAGCUGUGGGCGAAGACUCUCGGUGUUGAUGUAUCCCAGGUCAGCGCCGAUAGUCACUUCUUCCACAUUGGUGGUGACUCUGUUGCUGCCAUGCGCGUCGUCUCUGUCGCUCGCGAUGUCGAGCUGGUCCUUCGCGUCGCGGAUCUGUUCGAGUAUCCCCGUCUGCAGGAGCUCGCGCGUGUAGUCGAGAACCGUGUCCUAGAAGAGAAUGACGAGGCAGAUCCAGAACCGUUCAGUGUGUGGAGGGAGAACGCUGGCUUUGGCUCCAGCGAGGAAGACGGCAAGCUUGUCCAGGUUGCAGAGCUAUGCGGUCUGCCCAAGGAGCAGAUCGAGGAAGUCCUGCCCUGCACUGCACUUCAAGAGGGUCUCAUCGCCCUUACGGCGCAGCAGCCAACGGCGUAUAUCGACCGCCAGGCAUUCUCUCUUGCUGAUACCGUGGACGUGGACCGAUUCCGCGCUGCCUGGCAGACAGUCGUUGACAGGACUUCAACCCUGCGGACGCGAAUCGUAUCUGGACCAGAGACCGGCUCGUUACAGGUUGUUAUCACGCCUGGGAAGAUCGAAUGGCAAGAGUCAUCCUCAUUGGAAGCAUACCUUGAAUCCGACAGACACACAGGCAUGGCAACAGGUCUCCCCCUGAACCGUUUCGCCCUCGUCACCCAGCCCGACGGCCAACGGUUCUUCGUAUGGACAGCCCACCACAGCACAUACGAUGGAUGGAGCCGCGGUCUCGUUCUCCAGCAGGUCGCGAAUGUAUACAUGGGCCAUGAGCUGGCCCCGGCAGCCUCAUUCUCGCGCUUCAUCCAGUACGUCGAGCGCUCCCAGACACACGAGGCAACGGCUUCAUACUGGCGCACACAACUCGCAGGCGAAGCCAGCGCCGAGUUCCCUGCCUCCCCAAGUGCAAACUACAGACCUCGUCCCCAGCAGCGCCAUAAGCAUGGUAUCAGCUUAGCCAAAGCCGGCGGUUCUACCGGGGUCAUGCUGUCGGACCUCCUUCGCGGGGCGUGGGCGCUCGUCGUCCAUCAGUAUACAAAGAGUGACCCUGUUUUCGCGGUUGCGCUUUCGGGCCGUAAUGCCCCAGUGCGUGAUGUGACGAAUAUCACCGGGCCUACGCUGACGACUGUCCCCGUGCGGGUUCCUAUCAACCCAGAGCAGGGCGUGCAAGAGUUCCUACAGGACGUGCGACAGCAGUCCGUCGGGAUGAUUCCCUACGAGCACACCGGUCUGCAACGGAUCAGGAAGAUAGUUCCAGAGGUCGCAGCUGCGAUAGACCUCAAGCAUCUCUUCGUUGUGCAGCCAGCCAGCGACGACGAGAGACAGUUCAAAAUCCCUGGGGUCGACGACCAUCUUGUUGCUGUGGAUGAGUUCGACAGCUACGGUCUCAACGUAGAAUGCACGCUGUCCGGUCAGUCUGUCCAUGUUGAUGUCCGCUUCGACGAGAAGAUGGUGUCGUCUGCGCAGGUUAUGCGUCUGAUGAGCCAGUUUGAGUCUCUGGUGCAGCAGCUGCAUGUCCAGGGCCAGGGCAGCAUUAAGAUCAAGGAUCUGGAGAUGCUCAGUGUUGAGGAUAUCAAGCAACUGCAGAAGUGGAAUUCGGAACCUCUUCCCAGCCCCCUUAAUGAGACUCUGCAUGGUCUAGUUGCAUCUGUUGCUCGCUCCCAGCCUCAAGCCACGGCCAUUGAAGCAUGGGACGGGUCCUUGACAUACGAGCAGCUGCUCUCCUAUGCAUCAACCCUCGCUAGCCACCUGGUCCAUCUAGGGGUUGGACCAGAGGUUUCUGUCCCUGUAUGUAUGGACAAGUCCGUCUGGGCCAUGGUCUCCUUCCUGGCUGUCUUACAAGCUGGGGGAGUUGUUGUACCCCUGGGAGUCGGCCAUCCUCUUCCACGCAUUGCUACGAUUAUGGCAGAUACCAAAGCGCGAGUGGCCCUUGUAGACUCGAAGCAGGCCGGUCGACUUGCAGAGCUCAUUUCGUCGCAUGAUAUCUCGUUAUUCCCCGUCGGCGCUGAAACCCUCGACAACCUGCCAGUUCCGUCGUCUAUCUCAGUAUCAGUCACCCCCGACAACGCUGCCUGGAUCGUCUACACCUCUGGGUCAACCGGCCAGCCAAAAGGCGUCGUCCUCACACACUCAAAUCUAUCUACGGCCGUCAAAACCCACGGUGCCCGCUUCAGACUGGGCACGCAUACACGCACAAUCCAGUUCGCAGCACAUACCUUCGACGCCGUGCUUCAAGACUACUUCACCACGCUCGUCAGCGGUGGAACAGUCUGCGUUCCAUCCGAAGAAGACAGAAUGAGCAACCUGGCCGGAACAAUGAAGUCCAUGGCCGUCAACUUCGCGAACUUGACCUCGACUGUCGCGCGCCUCCUCAGCCCCUCCCAAGUCCCCAGCUUGAAACUGCUCGUUCUCGCCGGUGAGCAGAUCCAAGACGCCGUCGUCGAGACAUGGUACCAACACGCCGAUGUUCUUAACGUCUACGGCCCAACCGAGUGUUCCAUAAACUCAACCUGCAACGGACCGAUCACUGAUCUCGCAGACGCCCAGAGCAUCGGCUUCGGGAUGGGUUCUCGCAUCUGGAUCGCCGAUGCCACGAACCCGCAGCGUCUCAGCCCAGUCGGUGCACCCGGUGAGAUUCUCAUCCAGGGACCAGGUCUCGCCCGGGAAUAUCUGGGAGAUAAAGCUAAAACAGACGCUGCGUUUAUCCGCAAUCCUGAAUUCGCCGCGCGGUUUGGGCUCUCGGAUUGUCGGGUCUAUCGCACAGGAGACCUGGGGAAACAGACAGAGGACGGAAAGAUACUGUAUCUAGGCCGCAUCGACACGCAGAUCAAGAUCCGGGGACAGCGCGUUGAGAUUGGUGAGAUCGAGCACUGGGUUGGACAUCAUCUGUCGGACGUCAAGCAUGUAGCUGUGGUUGCCAUCUCGCGCGGAGGAGACAGGCAGAUGCGUCUUGCUGCGGUGAUUCAGUUUGAAGAUGGGAAGAAACCUGAUGCUGAGACCUUUUCCCAGUUGAAGAAGACACUGGCCUCGCAGAUGCCUAGUUACAUGGUGCCUGGGCUAUACAUACCCGUUGACAGCACCCCAUUGACUGUAUCCGGCAAACUGGAUCGAAGGGCUAUCCGGCAGAUGGUUGAAGAUAUGCCCGCGUCUGAACUCGAGCAGUACUUCGCUGGCGAAGUGCGCGAGGCACGAGUUCCUCCAUCGACGGAAAUGGAGAAGGCGCUGCAGCGCGUAUGGGCAAAUUCCCUAGGAGUUGAAGUCGACACCAUUGGGGCAGACGACGACUUCUUCCAGCUGGGAGGGGAUUCAGUGGUGGCGAUGCAUAUCUCUGCUACGAGUCGCCAGGAUCCAGCUCUUGCUGGCCUGGCUGUUGCUGAUAUCUUCUUGCACCCGCGACUCUCGGACCUGGCGGCGUUCUUGGAGGGCAGGGGUGUUGUAGAGGACUGGGAUGUUGAGGAAUUGGACGACGAUAGUCCGUUUGCAUUGCUUCAGGAGGCGUUAGAUUUGGAUUCUCUAUAG